UCUCCCCCACACCUGGAAGGCUCCAGGUUCUUAGCAGCAUAACUGUCGGUCUUAUUCUCAUCUUCUUUCUCUCUCUCUCUCUCUGAACAGGAGAAGACUUCGAAGGCCCUCCAGCCACUUCUUUUAAGCCUUUAUGUCCGGCUAAGCCCUCCCCCAGUUUUCUUGAACUCCCCUCAACUCAGUGGAGGCCCAGUCCAGUCCUGCCACAUACCCAGGCCACACGGAUGGGGAAAGGAAAGCGACAUUUUUCUCCUGACCACCAGCCGCAGGAAUGCUUCGGCCUCCUCGAGUGCCUACACAACAGCAUGCAGGUGCAGACCCAGAUAGCGCAGGAGCAGCUGGCCCUGCUGGAGGACAUCCGGGAGUCCGUGAACCUCCUCCUUUCCCAGCAGGACAGGCAGAACGGAGAACUCCGGGGCCAACUGGAGCAGCCUGCCCCGAGGGACCCGGCCUCCUCUUCGCACCCCGUCAGCUAGCAGGGAGUGCCCCCACCCCCCUCUUCAACGCAGGCCCUCUCCGAGCAGCUGCAGGGCCCCCGUGCAGACACCUUUCUGGACGCAGUGGUGCCCGGGAUGCAAGAUUUCGGGGUCUGGGACUGACCGGCAGCGCAACCAGGCGAUGCAAAUAAAGUGCUUGUUCUAAAUCCCA